AUGACUGGCGGCGGCAAAUCUGGCGGCAAGGCCUCUGGCUCCAAGAACGCUCAAUCCCGAUCCUCCAAGGCGGGUCUUGCGUUCCCCGUUGGUCGUGUCCACCGUCUUCUCCGAAAGGGCAACUACGCUCAGCGUGUCGGUGCCGGUGCUCCCGUCUACCUCGCUGCCGUUCUCGAGUACCUCGCUGCCGAAAUCCUCGAGUUGGCUGGUAACGCCGCUCGUGACAACAAGAAGACCCGUAUCAUCCCUCGUCACCUUCAGCUCGCCAUCCGAAACGAUGAGGAGUUGAACAAGCUGCUGGGACACGUCACCAUCGCACAGGGUGGUGUUCUGCCCAACAUCCACCAGAACCUCCUCCCCAAGAAGACGACUGGCAAGACUGGCAAGGGUUCUAGCCAAGAAUUGUAA